GUAAAUAAAAGAAAUUUGUAGUGAGUUUUCUCCAUUGAAAAAAAAAGGGAAAUUAGAAAAUGCACAUUUAAAAGCAAAAGAAAUUUGUAGUGAGUUUUUUCCAUUGAAGAAAAAUUUUGAACCGGCGGUGGCGGCUCUGCCUUUCUCCCUUCCCCCGCUUGCAGAUCAGAGCCUUCGCCAUGGCUUCUUCGGUUUCUCGCAGGCUGACUUCUUCCAAAGUACGCAAAUCCCCAAUUGUAGCUUUAUUCUUUUCGUCGUCUGCCUCUCCAAAACCUCAACUCUUGAACCCUCCUAAAUCCCUAAACCCAAUUGCCGUUUACCCUCAAUCCGAACGAUCAAGUUUUUCCAUCCCUUGUUUCAAUUGCUUCAAUCCAUCUUCCGAGAAACAGUUUCCGGUUGAAUACCAUCCAAUUGAUCCCAAAAACAAAGUUCCUGGUGAAAAUCUAUUGUAUUUUCUCGGAAAAGGGCCUUUGACGAAGUCUUUUGAUAGAAAUGGUGUUUCUGGUUCUUCCUUUCUUAAACCCUUGAAUUCAUCUAAUCGGGGAUUUUGGAAUUCUAGCUUGUCCCGUCAACAUUUUGUACGGAAUUUGGCCCAUUUACAUCCCAGGCACUUUUCAAACUCCAAGGAAUCAACAGGGCCGGGAAACCCACAAAAUCAAACCGAGUACCCGAGCCGGAAUCCUGAGUUUAAGCACCAAGAGAUCACUGGUCCAACCGUGGAGCGGGAUGUUUCUGCAUUGGCUAACGAGACUCGUGAAGUUCUUGAAACCAUGAUGAAGAAGAUGUAUUCUUUAAGCAAAGCGUUGGCUGCUGUUGGGUUAAUUAACCUUGGUUUAGGUGCUUGGAUUUUGCAUAUUACUAAGGCUGCUCCAAUCCUUGAGGUAUCAAUGCAGAGUAUAUUGGCAUUUGGGCUUCCAUUUUCGUUGGCAUUUAUGUUGAGGAGAGCAUUGAAGCCAAUGUACUUCUUUAAAAAAAUGGAGGAACAGAGCAGGCUGCAGAUUUUGACUCUUACACUUCAGGUUACUAAGCAGUUGAGCGUCCUCUUCACUAGGGUUCAGGCUGUUUCUUACUUGUGUAUUGCUGGUGCAUCUGCUGGGUUGAUAUAUGCUGUUUUGCUUAGAUAGUUUGUUCUAAGGAUUUCCGCAGGAACUGCUAUAGAACUUGAUCAAUAGGAAUCUAUGAGGGAUGGGUUUUUGCCGGUUUAAAAUGCCUUUUUGAAUAGAUUGCUAUAUUUCGAAUUCCCUUAUUUGUUUGCCGGAGAUAUCAUUUGUAUUGGACAUUUGUUUCCCGAAAUGUCAUGAAUAUCAAUGGAUCAGAGGUGAAAGUUUCUUGUGAAAUUGAACGGUAAACUUUGGGACAUAGACCUUCAUUGUUGUACUGGUAGCGGUUUAAUUUACUGAAUAAUUUUUCCGACAUUAGGGAGCUUGGGAAAUAGACUUCAUUGUUAUACUGGCAGCGGUUUACUGAAUAAUUUUUUCGACAUUAGGGAGCUUGGAUGCUAAGAUGUGAUUGCGGACUCUGUUUGUGUUGCAUAAUAAUACGUUGUUUGAGAAUGAUUUGCUACGGUUAACAUAUUGCUCUCGGC